AUGUCCGUCGACUUCACGGCCAAGGCCGUCGAGCUCUUCAAGAAGGCCGCAACGCUGGAUGAGAACAAGGAAUACGAGCAGGCGUACCGGUGGUACAUGGAGACGAUCGACGUGUUCCUGACGGCCAUCAAGUACGAGAACAAGAACCCCACAAAGCGGGAGUACAUGCGAAGCAAGGUGUCUGACAUCAUUGCCCGCGCCGAGAAGAUCAAGGAGUUCCUCGACCGUUCCAAGGACGGAGACGGCGCCGCCCAGGGCGGCUCCGGAGCCACAGCGCAAAAGACCGCGUCUGCCAGCAAGAAAGCCAAGGAGGAUGACGAGGACAAGCAGCGCAUGCGGAGCAGCCUCGGUAGCGCCAUCGUCAAGGUGAAGCCCAACGUGCGCUGGGACCAGAUAGCGGGCCUCGAGGCGGCGAAGCAGGCCCUGAAGGAGUCCGUCAUCUUGCCAACGAAGUUCCCGCAGCUCUUCACUGGCAAGCGCAAGCCGUGGCGCGGCAUCCUGCUCUACGGCCCCCCUGGCACGGGUAAGUCCUACCUUGCCAAGGCGGUGGCCACCGAGGCGGACGGCACCUUUCUUAGCGUCAGUAGCUCCGAUCUGCUCUCCCGCUGGCUCGGUGACUCGGAGAAGCUCGUGCGCAGUCUCUUCGAGAUGGCCCGCGAGGCGUACAAGACAGACGGGAAGCCGUCCAUCAUCUUUGUGGAUGAGAUCGACUCUCUCGUCUCCGCGCGCUCCGACAGCGAGAACGACGCUUCGCGGCGUGUCAAGACAGAGUUUCUUGUGCAGAUGCAGGGUGUGGGUUACGACGACGAAGGUGUGCUCGUACUAGCUGCCACCAACAUCCCAUGGUCGCUUGAUAGCGCCAUCCGGCGUCGGUUUGAGCGCCGUAUUUACAUACCGCUUCCGGAGUUCCCGGCACGCGUGCAGAUGUUCAAGAUCCACUUGGGCGACACCCCCAACACGCUCGUCGACGAGGACUGGCUGGAGCUAGGGAGGCGAACAGAGAUGUACUCGGGUAGCGAUAUCGAGAACGUUGUGCGCAAUGCUCUGAUGGAGUGCAUCCGCACGCUGCAGGUGGCGACACACUUCAAGCGCGUUGUCGGCCCUGACCCGCACGACCCCACACGCAUGGUGAACAACCGCUUGGUGCCGUGCUCGCCUGGUGACCCGGACGCGUUCCCGAUGUCGGCUGUGGAGAUCACGGAGCCGGAGCUGCUCAUGCCGAUGCCAGUGACCAAGGAGGACUUCAUCAAGGCACUGCGCACCAGCAAACCUUCCGUGAAUGACGAGGAUAUUGAGCGGCACAUCAAGUUCACCGCGGACUUUGGCCAGGAGGGUUAA